AUGCAGUACCCACCCUACUAUUCCCUUCCUCGGCCUCGUCCGCGUUUCUGCGUCUUCCGUCCCGGAGGCCUAAUCGUACCUUUGAUCGCCAUCGACGAACUCCCUUCUUGGCUAGAGGUAUACUACAACUUGGACGCCGACACGGCUAUGGGACUGCACCCUGUCACCCCGAUUCUGAUCCCACGCGGCGGAGAAUACGAAGCGGUCUGCCAUCACUGCACUGGCAGUCUUGAUUCACUCCACCAGAGCGUUUCCGAGCAAAACGCGGACUCGCCCCAAUCGGCCGUCGGUCCGUCCAAGAACUGUCCGGGUGCCUUCAUCUCGCCAGCACCAGAGGCACCGCCACCAGACGUCAUGAUCAAAGUUCCGCUUGGUGACCCUUUUCCGAGGUAUGGGCAGCUGCAGCCUCUCCUCAAUCCCAUUAUGCAGAGCCCGGGUGGAUUCUACAUUUGCAAUACGCCCGGCAUUAAUCCCACCAUUUUGGGGGUAUCAGCGGCAUUUACCAAGCCUCGCGCUCUGCCAACUCAAUCUUCCUCAGCGUCCGAGCCAUUGCCCGGUCCAUCUCCAAAUUCUUCAAAGGAUUCCCAGCCGGACGUGAAGGAAAGUGUUCACGCUUCGCUUGCAGGCAUAGUCCGCCGUGCGUCACUCGGCCAAGGGGAGAAUCAGGAUCCCAAGAGAUCCCCGGCCGCCCCUCCGACUGACCCAUUUGAAAGAGCACCAGCCGAGCUUGCGGUCAUUGCCAGUGCUAUUGCAGCUUCACUGUGCGGUCAAUCUGCCACCGAGAGCCUCGCCGAGAGCCUCGCCGAGACCAUCUCCAUUACAGCCGCUGUCGAACUUUUCAAGAAAAGAAAGGGAACCAUGUCGCUUUCUCGCCGAGCCAGCUUGCACAGGAGCGUUAAAAAUGGAACAAGCUUCAUGUCCCAUUGGCCGUACAGCUCCUCAAAACGUAAAGCUCAUACCGCAGCGGGCAAUCGCCGAGUCAAGGUACCCGGUCGUCGGCGAACUGGAAAGCCGAAGAAGCGCAAGUCAAAACCGCCCGGGCCCAACCCUGCCGGAAAAGACCAACCUGAGCAAAUCAAUUCGGAUACCAAGCGGCGUGACAGGCGAGAGAGAUUGCUGCAACGCCAGAGGGAAGCAGACUCCCACGGUCAUUACCACGACAUGACCAGGAUUUCACACCGGCGAUCUGGCGUGCAAUAUCGUUGA